CCUUUACCUUCUCUAUCCAAGCCUUCUCCUUUCCUCUCCAAGCCCUAAACUCGUCGCCCCUUCUUUGCCCUGCCUCCUCCCUUCUGCCGUCCGCUUCCACCGCUCCGUUUCCACUACCACUCUACACCUCUGACUGUACACUCGUAGGUCCUCCCUCUUCACCUCUUCCGCCUCUGCCCCUGCCGUCACAACCACCAUCUCCGUCGGAGACAAUCUUCCUGACGCCAACCUCUCCUACUUCGGCUCUGAUGGGGAGCUCCAGACCGUCACCAUCUCUGAUCUCACCAAGAGCAAGAAAGCCAUCUUCUUCACCGUCCCGAGGCUUUAGGCCGACGUGAAACUAGUGCUCGUACUCGUGAUUCACUUUCUUCCUGAUAUAUUUGGUUCCCCUGCUUCUAUUUAAGCCUCCAGCUAGCGCGAAUUACUCCACUCAGCUGUUCAAUGAUGGCUUUUUCUUCGUUUUCUUCUAAUGGUUUGGCGUUUCUGCUGCUGCUUGCAGUGGCUCUGGUGGAUUCAGCUCGGGGCUGUGUGUUCUACGCCGGAGGAAAAUAUGGAUGGGUGCUGAAUCCCUCGGAGAGCUACGGGCAUUGGGCCGAGAGAAAUCGGUUUCAAGUCAAUGACUCCAUUGUUUUUAAGUACAAGAAGGGGGAGGACUCUGUUUUGGUGGUGGCGGAGCAAGACUUUGAUUCGUGCGACGUGAGCAACCCGAUCCGGAAGCUCGAUGGCGGCGACUCCCGGUUUGUGUUCGAGCGGUCGGGGCCGUUUUUCUUCGUCAGCGGAGCGCCGGGGAGGUGCGAGCGCGGGCAGAAGCUGGCAGUGGUGGUGAUGGCCGUGCGACGACCACGCUGGCCGCCCGUCUCGGCCUCGCCGGUCCUGCCUCCGACCCCUGCUUCUUCGCCACCUCGAUGGGCACCUCAGUAUCCGCCUCUGCUUCCUCCGUCGGCGACUUUACCGCCUGAAAGUUCCGGCGCCCCUAUUCUAUCUCCGACGCCUCCGCCGACCCUGCCAACUCCAACCGGAGGGACCUCAGUCCCCAUGCCGUCUCCGGUGCCGGCUCCUUCCGACCCCGCAGCGACCGGCGCCGCCGGUAUUACCUCCGCGAAGUCCGUUCUUAGAACAUUGAUGAUAAUUAUCGGAAUUGUGUUUCUUGUUUGA